CUUGAUUUUGUUGUUCGAAGGGGCGUUCUGUGUUGAAAUAUUGAGCAUUUUUUUCUGAAUUCUAACAAUGAAAUUCCGUUUUUGUGGAGACCUCGAUUGUCCAGAUUGGGUACUGGCUGAGAUCAGUAUUCUGUCAAAAAUGACUUCAAUAAAGAUGAAGUUAUUGUGUGUACAAGUAAUCAAAGACAUGUUAUCAGAAGGCAUUGAUUAUGAAAAGGUCUAUAAAAUAACACAGGAUGCCAAAUUUGAGGUUGGAGACGUGAAGGCAUCCAUUGCUGCUUUGACAUUUAUUUUAUCUAGUGCUGCUAAAUAUAGCUGUGAUGGAGAAACAUUAUCUAACGAACUUCAACAGCUGGGGCUCCCCAAAGAACAUGCCACCUCCUUGUGUAAAUCAUACAGUGACAGCUCAGACAAACUUCAGACUCAUCUCAGGAAAACAAGUCUUAGAUUAUCUCACCUGGAGAAGACAGAGUGGAGAGUGGAUUAUAUCCUCAGUUCCAGUGAACUUAAGGAAGUGAACAAACCAUGUGUCCAAAUGAGAUUACAAGUACGGAACCCAGACACAGGGGCGACAACUCCUAUCUCAUUUACAGUAGAUAUGGAUAAAUUCCGUGUACUUCUAAGUGAACUUAAACAAGCAGAGACUGUCAUGGCAAAUCUAACGUGACAUCAUCCCAGGAAUAUAUUAACUUUUUCAUUAAGAAAAAUUGUGCAAUGACUAUAUUAUUAUGUGUAUUUUAUACUUAAUAUGAAUAAAAAUAUAUAUAUUUUUUCAAA